AGGCAAGGCAAGCGCGUUUUGGUUCUAAGAGCGCAUAAAAUUGUGAUGUAAAAAAGAGAAAAGUCUUGUUAGUCAGUCAUCAUGGCAAACCCUAGGAAAUUUAGUGAAAAAAUCGCCCUUCACAAUCAAAAGCAGGCCGAAGAGACGGCCGCUUUUGAAAAGAUUAUGCGUGAAGUUUCAGACGCAACCAAUAAGCCUGAAGAAGUAACGCUAGCAACACAAUAUGGCAUGGGCGGAGGCCGCAGCGGAGGCGCGUCGCCGUCGCGCUCGCCCACGCAGCGAGGCCGCGCCUCCAGCUCCGUGGGGCCCAUGCGGCGCCCCGCCGACCGCCGGCACGACACAAGCCCCUAUGGCAGCACGGUGUACCUAAGUCCACCGCCAGACAGCAACUGGCGUCGCACCAACUCCGACUCGGCGCUGCACCAGUCGUGCGGCGCGGGCGACGCGCCGGCGGCCUCGCAGCCGCUGUCACCGCACCACCCACUGCACUCCCAUGCACAUCCCCACACGCAGCAGAACCAUCGGAGAGCCAACGACAUCCACCUGGACGUAUUGGGCGCCCUGGGUAUGAACCCCGCGAACCGCCCGCGAUCGUCUUGUGAAAUACCCAGAAUACCUAACAAUAACAACGUGUACUCGAGUGGUGACAGCGGGGGAGGGGGCGGCGGGCUGGCGUGCGGCGAGCUGCAGGUGCCGGGCGGCUCGCUGCCAGACCUCACCUCCGUGCACUACCCUUACCUGCCCACGCGUGAGCAAGACUACCAGAACAGAUAUAGCCCUGGAUCGCCGGGCGCGGUGUCGCCGGCGGCGGGCAGCGGCUCGCCCGCGACGGGCGGCCUGUCGCCCGCGUCCGGCUCGCCCGUCGGCGCCACCGUGCCGCUCGCCGCCAUGCACCACGUCCACGACCACACGCAGCUCUACGAGCAGAAUCACUUAUCUGUACCAAACACAAAUAAUUAUCUCCAUCAUAAUAAGAACCAGAUGUCGCCACUAGACCACAACUGGAUACCGUCGAGUUGUUACCAAGCACAGUGUAGUCCGCCUUCGCAAUAUUCCUCCACAUCGAAUAUCAAUAUACCUUCACCGACGAUGGUGCACAGUCCAGGCAGCCCGGCGGAGUCUCCACAGACGGACUACAGUCUGCACUCAACGUUACUACAGCCCUUCGAGCAGAUCACCAUGCUGGACUCGCCGGUGUCGAGUUACAACACGACGUAUAUCAACCACAGUUCACCGCAGACAACGAAUUCACAACACACUUAUCCACAGUCGCCAGGCAACUGCGGCGCGGCGGGGUCAGGGAGCUCCGGCGUGGGCGUGACGCGGCACGCGCGGGACCCCGUGCCCGGCGGCGGCGGCUUCCUGCCGCCCCUCGCCUCCCCCGCGCCGCCCGCCACCCCGCCCAGCAUACCCGACAUCAUCCUCACAGACCAUUCGUUCGCAGACUACUCGGAGGAGGCGGCGCUGCGCGCGGAGCUGGACCUGGACGACCUGACGCUGCUGGACCAGCCCGGCUCGCUGCUGCCCGACUCCGCCGUCGAGCACGAGCUCUUCGACCGCUUGUAGUACCCGCCGGGCGCCGGCGACACCAAACCAUACACCUGCGACACAUGCAGGUGCGGCCGGCCCGCCGCGGUCCGUGUUCGUUAGACUCCCUAAACUUCAUGACAAUUUCUAUCGUUUCAAGUCUGAGUUAGUGAACGUAGUCGGUGUAGCGUAGUGCGAGGGACGCGUGUAGGAGGCACAUUCCCGGGCUGCCGUCUGAGUGCGUGUUUAUUGUGUUUUUAAAUGUUUUACUCAAAUUUCAUAUUCGAGGGGUUAGGUAUAAUAUAGGCUAUAGAUUUUUUUAUUAAAAUCGAUUACUUUAUCGAUGAUUCUUGUACAGCAUGGAGUAAUUAUUUUUUAAGUGAGUAUUGUGAAUAUUUACUCGAAUAUCAUUAGGGAAUUUGAUUCGGAUAUGAGGGAGAUAUUUUCGUUUGUAUAAAGACCUCUUUGGUCGUCUCCAUAUACAUAAAUUUGAAAGUGUUCACUUUAUUAAAAUUGCAUUUAAAUCGCUAAUGUUGCAUGCUAGUGUAUCAGCGAAUGGCCAAGAAUAGUUAAAACGAUACUUCUAUCAUUUUUAAUAAGAAACUUAAAUCUCAUUUGAUCUUGGUAAUGCAUUAUCAUUAUCCAUCAUUCAACGAUUGCUCAAGCGUUGACUGGUCAAUUCGGAACUAUCGACACGCCGAUAUAAGCAUUUAAACUUUUACCCCAAAGCAUGACGUUUUGUAAUAUACAUAUUGUUCUGCACCAAAUGUGCCCCAAUUCCUCGUAAUUAUUCCACGGUUAAAUUUAAACUAUCGUGAGUCUUUCUAAAGUUAUAUCGCUACUACGAUUUAUCUCACACAAUACGAGAGACUGAUGGCCCCCGUGAGAUAAAAGGUAGUAGCGAUAAAGUAUAUUCCACGGCUCACAGUCCAGGAAAGCUUUGUCAUGACGAAUUGCACAAUUUCUGUCUAUGAAACCACAGAGCCUAAACACACUUUACACGCUUAAAUGCAAGUUACAUGUAGAUUUUCAUACUUGCCCGCUUGCCUGUACAUAUUGGCACUAUGUGCCGUAAUUAUACUUGUGGUUGUGUUCUUGUUUCUAUUUACUUUUUAUUUAUAAAGUUAAUGUUACCUUGGUGUGUUCUGCCACUUGUCAUGACGAGGUUUCAGCCUAGCCGAUAGUAACCGUAACCUAGUCUUACUUCACGUAUCUGUCCUUGUCAUAUUCAAUAAGGAGACUAGAGACAUUACAACAGUUCUAUCUAUUGUGGAACCAUCUAUUUAAAGAACACAUUGCCGCCUUUAUUCAUUUAUAUGAUAUUAAAUAUUCUAAUGAUGUUGUCGUGCUCGAAACUUAUGAAAUAAUUUCAAUUUUAUACGUUUAUUGGGACCGUUAUGUAAGAAACUGUUGAGUAGUCACUGUUAUAAUGCCUUAAGUCUAAUUUCGUUGUAAAAGUCCAUACUGGCCCACUAAAACGAAGUUUGAAACUACAUUUAUUUCUUACGCUCUCGUUAAUUAAAAAUGACGUAAGGGAGAAGAGACUAUACGAGUAGUAGCCACCUUACAAAACCGAUUAAAUAAUGGCAUCCUUUUCACACUUGCUAAGACCAUGCAAGUGUGAAAAAGAUCUCAUGAAAUCUGUAGUCUGUCGGUUAGGUAUUUACAGGGAUUCAAGCUUGUACUUUCGGUGAUCCCGUUCCGUUGUACGGCCGGUGGCGUUCAUAGUAAUUUUAAAGUUGUUAUUAAAACAAAUUAAGCUUCUGUCGCAAACAUAUCUAUGUACUUAUGUGUGGUUGCGAGACUCGUUUCUGUGUGGAGGUCAAUUUUAGUAAGCUCGUUAAUGAUAGGGUAAACGUUGUAACUGACCACUUGCUAGAUGCUAUUCGACUUCACCGUGUCUCAUUCCAUGUUUAUUCGACUUUACUGGCUCCGGUACUUUGUGGGUUUCGCGUCAAAAAUUAUGUAUACACUUUUGAUCUUUAUUCCAUUGCAAUAUGGCGAGAAAUGUAUACAUAUAUUUGAUGUCGGCUCUAAUACUCACUGCAGUGUUUAUCAAGUUCGAGAAAGGCACACUGGAAGUGUUUUUCAAACAUUGGUGUUCUGAGUGAGUUCUUCUGACAAGAAAACUUCAGAACGCAUUUUAGAUUAAACUUAGGAUUACAGUGGAAAAAAUCAGUUGACAUCUACAUUCAUAUUAUAUGUUAAAUUUGUCAUGUAAAUUUUAUGUUUGUGUUGGGUAUGAAUACUCGAAAGCAUACCUGUAGUACGCAGAAUUCGCAUCAGUAGACCAUCCGAAGGUUAACUUUGUAUAGGUAUUAAGUUUUAAAUGUUUAUUGUAACAUUUUAACCCAAUGUACUCGCAAUAUUAAUUCUUUCUCGGUUUAUCGUUUAAAUAUGUAUUGUAUAUUGAUCGGUGUACUUGACACUAAAAGUACAAAUUAAUUUUAAAGUUUUUUUUUUUAUAAAUAUUGCGAAUGCAGUGACGUUCAAGUAGGCACUUGUAUGUUUCGUUUUGUGAAAAUGCUCAUUUUAUUAUUUUUUAAGAAUCUAGUCAGCAAGUUAUGAGUUCCAAACGAAAUAGAAAGUUCCAACAGCGGCUUCCAUUCCAUUCCACGAUUUGAAUUUUGAUUGCGUACAUUGUGGGUGAGGUCAAUGCGGAAUGGUUCAGUAACACGAGGGCUACGAUGAAGACAUACUUACGCAGCGCUACUUGAGAUGUGACACGCACUAGUAUACUUUUUUUUAAAGAUUUGUGCAAUUGUCAUAAUAACAUUAAUGUUUAUGUAGAAAAUGUGAUCGGCGAUAUAUUUAUCCCAUUUGGAAAAAUAAUUGUUUGUCGUGGGACGAAAAAGGACGAGUCUCCAGGUCUCCACGGCGCUACAUGAGUAUGCCUUCGCCGUUGCAAGUGAUGACAAUUUCAGUGUCUGUAUUUUUUGUUAUGUGGUGUCGUUAUUGAUGAGUAACCAAUAGGUUACGCGAGUUUACUACUGUAUGUCUUGUGGGCAUUGUUUUACUAUUGUUUCUAAUCAUCCCUCUAAUGAUUUUGAAACGUUAAGUGUACAGAAUUUAAAUAUAGCUUGCUAUUAUAUUCGAACUUUACAAAAAUCAAAGAACCAAAUGCUUAAUAUGUUGUUUAAAUUUUACUAUUUAGUUAUGUUUAUUUUCACAGAUAAUAUUGUUAAUGUGGUCUAAAGUUUAAUUUCACCACAAUAGUGACGUACUGUAUAACAGGUAAAUGUAUAAAUAGUUAUUGUAUCAUAAUUGUGAUAAAGGAAAAAAAGCACAACAUUAAAUCGUUAGAGAAGCCUAAUCUGAUGAUAAAGUAAGGUUCUUUUCUUGAAAGUUCAUUGUAGUUUUUUCUAAAGUUGAUACAUUAUGUGCAUGUUAUGUACCUAAGAAUGUGUCUGGCCGGGCCCUUUCCUGAAAAUGCCUAUCUAUUAUCUACUGAUUACGAAAUAUGGUAGCAGGAUCCUUUCGAGGGUCUAACUAAAAAAAUCCGCAAUAAUAUCAAGUGAAUAAGGUAAUGAAAACGAAUAGCUUGUUAUAAAACCGAAAGAGAGUCAGUUUUGCCUUUGAAAUAGUAGAUUGUUAACCAAGGGUUGAAAGGCACCCAUUCCUGUGUGAGAGCGCCAAUAGUCCGAGACGGUAAUGGUGCCUUUCACCCGAGUUAAACACUCUACUUUUCAUUUCGAAUACGAGGAGAGUAAAAUGUAUGUGUUUUUUACAUGAUGUAUAAUUUUUUAUAGUAUUUCUUGAGGGUACUUUCAAUUAACAAUUCAGGCAAAAGUAUCGUUAUUUAUGGAAUGGAGAGUCAAAUAUCAAAAUGGAAAUUGUAUAAUAAAUCCAUUUAAACUCAAAUUUCAAUUGCUUAACUUAAAAAAAUAAAAAAAUCGUACUUCGAACGUAAAAUGCUCUAGUGCAGACACGUAUCAUUUUCUGCACACCUUUUAGAACAACAAUGACCCUCUUUCAGAGUAUGAGAAAUGAAAAAUAAUAGGCUGGGUAUGUAUGUAGUCUUAAGUGCGGACAUUUUGAACGCGAUCCUCGUGUAUUUUCAGAAAUGGGUCCAGUUUGACAGUGUAGGCUAAAAGUCGAGGGUUAACCAAUCUGGAUAAGGUGCAAUAUGGUUUUAUGUUGAAAUUUAAUGGACAUGGUUACAUGGUUCAUUGCAUUAUAUCUCGUUUGUAGAAUAAUAUAAAAACGUUGAAACUAUAUUAUUGUUUUUUGCCGUGCAAGUGACAUUUAGUCUGAAAGCUUUUAAAAUAUUUAGAAUUUUCAGUUUCUAAAAAGAUUAAUAUUGGUAUUUCAGUGAAAUAAUAUUUACGAACAGAUAAGACAUUGUUAAAUCAAUUAUAAAUGUAUUAAUUCUUUUAUUAUAAUCUACACCUGUUCACGAAGCACUAUUUGUAAAUAAACUUCAGAGAAACUGAAUGUCAAAGGCAAAGGUUAGAUUUUUAUGUAAAAAUACAUCUGAAAUUGAAAACAAGUGUCAUUUAAAAGCCAAAAAACAUUGGGAUUUCUUACUGGCUCCAAACGUCGUUCGAAUCCUAAUCAUAUUACGUGUGCCAUAAGGUAUAUUAUUGAUAUUUUUUUAUUUUUUUCGAUCAAUUCAGUGGCUAUACUAAACAUGACAAGUUUACAACUAAAAUAUAUCAUAAAGUAAUGGGGAUGGCAACUGUCAAAGGUUUGCAUAGAUGGCUCCAUCAUAACUUGCCCCUUUCUCUAGUUUUGUUCUAUAAGAUUUGGCUUAAUGGGCUGGCAUCCAGGGCAUAAAAUUAAAAAAAAAAGAAUUUGACACAGUUCUAGAGAUUGACAGGGCAAGCUAUGCUGGCGCCAUCUGUAAAAUACUUCGACCGGCCAACCCCAUUGCAUAUUUUAUAUUCAAUUCAGAUGUUGGGUCGAUUGCAAUAUGUUUAUACUGUUAAGUAAUUUGGCAAUGUUACAUAGUUAUUUCUUGGGUCAGUCAUCAGUACCGGGGGUGCUGAGAUGGCAUAUCACUUGUAUUUUGUUGCCACGGAAAACUGGACAAUGCCACGUCACUUGACCAUGUAAAGACUAGCUCACUGAAUGAACACAAUCACUGCCAGCGCGAGCUACGCGCCAUGAGCGCAGCCGAUAACACGGAAAAAACUGUAUGUAUCGCCACAGAAUAAAUAAUAGUAUUAGGUACAGAAGUUUCACUCUCUAACAAAACGCGUCUAUUAGGACAGCUAUGACCGCAAGGUGGCGCAAGCGCAAGCUGCGUUGGUUAGCGGUGCGCGGCAAUUACUAUGGCUAGACACCAAAAUUGGUGCGGGCCGUAUGUACUUGUAGCGACGCGACGAAUUCGCGGAGUGAGCCACGCCACUAGCGCUACAUACAAAGCCACGACAAAUGACUCGUUUAGUGGGUCGCUGGCAGUGAAUGUGUUAAGAAGGGCUAGCACAGAGCUUAAAUAGAUAAAGGAAAUACAGAGAGCAAUUACGAAAGUUUUAGGUGGUCCAAUAGUAUAUUCAAAGAGUUAUUGAUUUUAAGAGGUAAAUUCUAAUCAAAAUCGAGCUUUGAGUUGCGCUAUACGACGCCAUAAUGUUUAUUGGUAGGUAAUUGACAAUUUCUUCUACUCUUAAUAACAUAAUAACUCUUUGGUAUAUUCAUACACGCAAAAACAAUGAAAACUGGUUUAGAAAUGUCUAACGUUAUCCGUUUUCAUUGUUCUGAAAUGUACAUAGUGGGGGUAAAGUAUGUACCAAAUUGUAAUGACUAAUGGGUAUGGGUUAUAAAGAAAUGGGCCCGUGUCUGUUUCUAUUUUUUUUAUAAUUAUCACAUAAUGCUAUGCAAUUAGAAACUUACGGAACGGCACUAGUUUUGUCUCGCUGCAAACCUUUAAGUUGUUCGUUUGUCAGUUCCUCAGUAAUCUAGUUAAGAGACUGGUUUAUUGAUCAAUGACACGAAAUUAGUGUCAAUUCGAGCUAACUGUGAUGUCACUUUGCACAUGAUAAAACUAUAUAUUUAUCAAAAUUGUACUCUAUUGCUGAAGCUAUGAUUUGGCUAACGAAUGAUAUGAUAGUAUCAAAUUUAUUUAAGCGACAUCGGUAUCUCCAUCUCUGUAACUCCAAUGAAGCAAGAGCAAUAGAGAGAGAUGCGGUAGACCCUAUUGUAGGUCAAAAUGCAUCUAUAUAGGUAUGUCCACACCGGCACAUCUUAAUCGUUCAAUCGUCUUGCAUUAGACUGCAACACAUGGGACUAUUUACCCAAAUAUCCGUUUACCUAUAGAACGUAUAAAAUUCCCUGAACACAGUCAAAUUGAGAUAGUGGCAGUCAAUGUGCCUAAUACACCUUUGUUGCCAUAGAAAAAAAUAUGUUGCAAUGUGCUACCUCGGUUGUUAUUAGGUAUCUAUUCGAUGCUGACUGUGAUAUACAUGAGUAUGUUAGAUUCUAAUGUGUAGCGGUCUUCAGUUGAUUCUCAUAGCGCCUCAUACUCGUUCAAUUUUAGGGUUUGCUCAUGGUUUGAGGCAUCCUUUUGAAGAAACAGCAAAAAAAAAAAAAGCAACAGCGCUUAUGUGGACAUAACUUAUCUCGUGUUACCGCGUUAUAUAAUUUGUUUGUUUUACAUUCGUUAGCUAAAUUUGAUGAGCAUAGACAUUUUUAUGAUAUCGGCGUUUGCCAUCUUGCAUUUUGGAUUUAGAUUAUGAUACUUAGUAUAUAAUGUAUGUGCAAUUGAGCAGUGACAAGAAUGUUUCUUGAAGGUAACGAUACACCAAAAUGUGUGAUUAAUCUACAAUCCUGACCUUCAAUCAAUUUGUAUGACAUGAAAUCUUAGAUCAUUAUUUCUCAAACAUGCACAAACUUAUUGAGAAUUUUGCUGUAAGAUGUUUCGAUGUUUUUUUUUAUUUAAACCAAAAUACAUGUACAUAAUAAGUGUGAUAGAGAUGAAACGGUCUCAUUUAAAAUUAAAUUGUUGUAAGAACCUAAA